UGUGUAGUGUAUCGCUUCGCUUUGAAGCGCUCCACACGGGCAAACAUGGCGACGCAAAGGAACAUCAUCAUCGUCAUCGCGAUCCAUUCGGAUCCGAUACCGAAUGUACAUUGAGCCAUGUCCACACUUAUUCAAAUUCGAGACGCCGCCGUCGCCGAUGCAGGCGACGGUUUCUAUUCUCCGGCGAAGCAGAAAGCAGCCAACCGAAGCGCCUACAAUAACCGCUCUCUUCUCUUCCUUCGCCGAGCCAAACAGUUUCUCGGCGCCGCUAAAUUCAAGCUCUUCUUAGCGUUCUUCGCCUUAUCAGUCAUCGUUUUGGUCACUUCCAGACUCAAUUCAUGGAUGGGUUGGAACCCUCACCACUCCUCUUCCGUUUCUUCUAUUUCAAGGGGUGGCUAUACUGUGCUUAUAAAUACUUGGAGGCAAAAAUCUCUUCUGAAACAAACUGUUGCUCAUUACGCAUCCUGUCAUAGCGCUGAUGCAAUACAUGUGGUGUGGAGUGAAAGUGAACUACCAUCUGAAAUGCUGAAAAAAUAUCUGAAUAAGAUUGUGGUCUCUAAGUCUCAGAAAGCUCACAAACCCAACUUUAGAUUUGACAUCAGUGCAGAUGAUACAUCAAAUAGCAGGUUUAAGCCAGUAAAGGACAUCAGAACAGAUGCGAUAUUCUCAGUUGAUGAUGAUGUGAUUGUUCCAUGCUCUACUCUAGAUUUUGCCUUUUCUGUCUGGCAAAGUGCACCAUUCACAAUGGUGGGAUUUGUUCCUCGAAUGCACUGGAUAGAUAAGGAGCAAAAUAAUGUUCCAUAUUACAGAUAUGGAGGAUGGUGGUCUGUCUGGUGGAUGGGAACUUACAGUAUGGUUCUCUCAAAGGCUGCAUUCUUUCACAGGAAAUACUUGGAUUUAUAUAGUCAAGAGAUGCCUCCAUCAAUUCAGGACUAUGUUUCCAGCGAGAGAGCUUGUGAAGACAUUGCAAUGUCCCUUCUUGUUGCCAAUGCUACAGGUGGUCCUCCAAUAUGGGUGAAAGGCAAAAUCUAUGAGAUUGGUGCAUCAGGGUUUAGCAGUAUGAGAGGGCAUAGCCACCAGAGAAACAAAUGCCUCAAUGACUUGAUCUCACUUUACGGAACACUUCCACUUGUGUCAACUAAUGUCAAAGCAGUUAGUGCUAGAAAUGAAUGGUUAUGGUAGUUUGGAUAUUUCAUUAAUCAGCCACCAAUCUAUUCCACCCACCAAAGGAUAAAAAAGGGAACUGAAUCAUAGAUUAGAAGUCAUUGGUUGAAGAAUUUGCCGGCAUUUUAUGUGUAUAUACAAGUCCUACUGAAGUGUCUCACUAGAUUUUGAUUCAUUGAUGUCUGAUGCAAAACUUGAAGUGAUUUGGAUCCUAGUUUUUUUGCUUGUACUAAUUCUGCAAAAUGCAUAGUGCAGAUGCUCUACUAGCAAGAGAGGGUUGAUUUAGUGAAUGAUCUGUUUUUUAUUCUCUCUCUU